GGCCCUCCGCCCCCUGCUCCUUCUCGGCUGCCGGCCGUGGCUCCGGAGGCGGCGGCACUCGGAGUUGCCGGCGCUUCUCGGCGGUGGCGUCCCCGGCCGGCUGGGCGCGGCGAGCGGAGCGCGGCAGCAUAAAGGAGGUGCGCACCGGCUUCUCCGUGCUUGCUGCGAGACCGCCGGCUUCUUAGCGGCCCUCGAAGACAGAAAAAUGAUGGCAGUGGGUUUGUAUCAGGGGAACAUUCACUUGAAAUCAUACACCUGUGAGUGUCUGGGCUGAAAGAGGAAGUGCCAGCUCCAGGUUUUACCUACAAGGAAGCAGGCCCAGAGAUGCAGUGACUUGCCCUGGGGACCAGCCAGGUAAUCGAACAUUUUAAAGAUUUUGCUCCCCCUGAAGAGGAAACCUUUUGAAGGAGUGCGGGAUGUAGGAGAAGAAAUCUCCGCCAGCCUCUCCAAGGAUGGCUUGCCGACCCCCCCCUCGCUGAGACCAUGCUCUCUGCUAAUCUCUUGGGUGUCUCCGUGCUCUCCAGUGAGAAUUCCUCCACUUCAUUUUGUGCCAUGGGAAAAACCUGAAGGGCAGGCAGAAUUGUUCCCAAUCGUGUGGAUUCUUCUAAGAUUGCAGUGGCUCUUCCAGAACAUGACAGUUGGAGAUCACUUCUUUUUGUUGUCUUUUGGAGUUGAACCAAAGAAGGCCCUUGCCUCAUUCUCCAGGGCUUUGGUGCCUGCUCUUUUUUAUAUUCUAUUUGUUUCCGUUGCCUGUGCCUUAAAACCAUCUUAUCUCAUCGAAAGACAUCCUUAAAGUUUUUCCAGCACAACUUGCAUGCAUCCGGGCUCCUCAGGGGCUCGCCCAUGGCUCUGUGGGCCAGCCGUCCAAGGGCAUUACCAUGAGGCACUGCAUUAAUUGCUGCAUACAGUUGUUGCCCAACAACGAGUACAAACAGCACAUCGGCUGCGGAGAAGGCCCCCUUCACGGUCACCCGGAGUGCCCCGCGUGCAAAGGAGAGAACAAAAUUGUGCUCCGUGUGGACGGUAAGCAGAUGAACUUGCUUGCUGUUCUCGAGGUGAGGGCCGAGGGGAAUGAGAGCUGGAGCAGGUUUCUGCGCUUCAAGAAGGGGAAGCGAUGUAGCCUCGUGUUUGGAUUGAUGAUCAUGACCUUGGUGAUGGCAUCUUACAUCCUUUCUGGGGCCCACCAAGAGCUUCUGAUCUCCUCGCCUUUCCAUUACGGAGCCUUCCCCAGCAAUCCCAGCUUGACGGACGGCGAAAACCCGAGUGACACAAAAGAGCAUCAUCACCAACCCUCUGUAAAUAACAUCUCAUACGUGAAAGACUACGCAAGCAUUAAAUUAAUUAUCAACAGCAUCACAGCCAGGAUAGAGUUCACGACCAGGCAACUCCCAGACAUAGAAGAUCUCAAGAAGCAGGAAUUGCAUAUGUUUUCAGUAAUCCCCAAUAAAUUUCUUCCAAAUAGCAAGAGCCCCUGUUGGUACGAGGAGUUCACGGGCAGGAACACCACCGACCCGUACCUGACCAACUCCUACGUGCUCUACUCCAAGCGCUUCCGCUCCACCUUCGACGCCCUGCGCAAGGCCUUCUGGGGCCACCUGUCCCACGCCAGCGGGAAGCACUUCCGCCUCCGCUGCCUGCCGCGCUUCUACAUCAUCGGGCAGCCCAAGUGCGGCACCACCGACCUCUACGACCGCCUGCGGCUGCACCCGGAAGUCAAGUUCUCCGCCAUCAAGGAGCCCCACUGGUGGACCCGGAAGCGCUUCGGGAUUGUCCGCCUGAGAGACGGGCUUCGGGACCGCUACCCCGUGGAAGAUUACCUGGACCUCUUCGACCUGGCUGCACACCAGAUCCAUCAAGGCCUGCAGGCCGGCUCUGCACAGGAGCAGAGCCGGAUGACUAGAAUCAUUAUCGGGGAGGCCAGUGCCUCCACCAUGUGGGACAACAAUGCCUGGACCUUCUUCUAUGACAACAGCACGGAUGGAGAGCCGCCCUUUCUGACCCAGGACUUCAUUCACGCCUUUCAGCCAGACGCAAAACUUAUCGUCAUGCUCAGGGACCCUGUGGAGAGGUUGUACUCUGACUAUCUCUACUUCGCAAGUUCGAAUAAAUCUGCUGAUGACUUCCAUGAAAAAGUGACGGAAGCUCUGCAGCUGUUUGAAAAUUGCAUGCUCGAUUAUUCCUUGCGUGCCUGCGUCUACAACAACACGCUCAACAAUGCCAUGCCUGUGAGGCUGCAGGUCGGGCUGUAUGCUGUGUACCUUCUGGACUGGCUCACUGUCUUUAACAAAGAACAGUUCCUCGUUCUUCGCCUGGAAGACCACGCAUCCAACGUCAAAUACACCAUGCACAGGGUCUUCCAGUUUCUCAACCUCGGGCCCUUAGGUGAGAAACAAGAGACCCUGAUGACAAAGAGCCCUGCGUCCAAUGCGCGGCGUCCCGAGGACCGGAACCUGGGGCCCAUGUGGCCAGUCACCCAGAGGAUCUUGCAGGACUUCUACGGGCCCUUCAACACCAGGCUGGCACAGGUGCUCGCCGACGAGGCGUUCGCCUGGAGGAAGACCUGAGGGCCGAGCUCCCGCGGCAGGUUCCACUGUGCCACCACGGAAGAGUCUCUCUGGGGUGGGGGGGCCCUUUGACUCACAGCGUGGAGAAGACCCUGAGAUUCUUCUUCCCCUCCCUAGGCACCUGUUUAGUAUAACCAUUUGUGGUGUGAAAUGACCUGGCAACUGACCCUUCACAGAGCUCCUCCCUCCAAGGCCAUCGGGAACUCCACCUGGGAAACCGUUCCCUCCUGCACUGGAGCCGCUGGGCUGAGGGAGUGAGGCGGGUGGCGCCAGGCAGGGGCCGUGGGGGAGGUGCGGCUGGGGUGCCGAUGCUGGGAUCUGAUCGAGCACGCCAAGGUCAUGCCACCACGCUGGAGGUCAUGUCACCAUGUCGGAGGUCACGUCACCACACUGGAGGUCACGCCACCACGCCGGAGGUCACACACCACGCCGGAGGUCAUGUCACCACGCCGGAGGUCACGUCACCACGCCGGAGGUCACACAACCACGCCGGAGGUCACACCACCACGCCGGAGGUCACGCCACCACGCCGGAGGUCACGCCACCACGCUGGAGGUCAUGUCACCACACUGGAGGUCAUGUCACCACGCUGGAGGUCAUGCCCCCAUGCUAGAGGUCACACCACCACUCUAGAGGUCAUGCCACCACGGUAGAGGUCACACCACCAUACUCGAGGUCAUGCCACCGUGCUGGAGUCACGUUACCAUACUAGAGGUCACACCACCAUGCUAGAGGUCACGUCACCAUGCUGGAGGGCAUACCCUGAGGCUAGAGGUCACAUCACCAUGCCGGAGGUCACAUCACAGCAUUGCCAGAGCUUGCACUUCCAUUCAGUUCUGAAACACGUUCAGGUCAAUACCUUUAUUUGGGCAGAGAAUGGAGGCUCUUUCCUUUUUCUCCUCUUUUACUCCAAAGCCCACCCUGUAUUCUCUUUAGAUGUAAACCCUGUUCACUUCACUUUUACGAGAGAGAAAAAACUGUCGAUUUUUUGUGGCACAUUCGUUUCUCGGAUCAUCUCCCAUUCUGCCCUUGCAUUACCUACGUUUAACUAGAAAAUGAAUGUUUAAAACCACUUUCUGCAUUUUGUUAGCCAUAGCUCUCUUCUCUGCCUCUUUACAUGUUUCUUCCAGAGUUUAUUCCGUUUAUAAUCAGAAUACAAAUUCAGUUUAUAAUUGGAAGGGAAGUUUUUGCUGUUAAUGCCAGACUGAGCAACUUCCAGGAAUUGAACUCUUCGUGGGAAAUCUGGGUAUCUUGGACCCCCCUCUUGCACUCAAAGUCACCAGCAGGCCUGGAGGGUGUUUCAAGUUGUAGUUUUGGCCACAGACACACUCUGUUGCUCUGCCUUCCCCUGGGAAUGAGCUCACUAUGCACAUUCUCCACCACGUGCAGCCGGAGGCCCCUACUAUGUUCACAGACUACAAGAUGCUUGCAUUCUGUUUCAGAAACAGUGUGUGAGCUAUACGUGGGCCGAGCACGGUAUGCUGGGAUUCUUAAUGGAACUUUCUGGGCCACUUGGCAGCUUGGUUUACCAGUGGAUGGACUAAAGGUCUUGUUAUUUCUUGGAAGUGAUGGGGAGAGAUUGAAGAGGACACUGGAACCCACUUGGCACGCAGCCCCAGGUGGGACCUCAAUGAAGCUUUGCCCUGGAGUGUUUUCAAGGGAAGCUUCCUGCGAACCAGAGCUCUCCGGUCAAGGUCCCAUAACACCAAAGUGAGAGAUUGCAGAUGGCUUCGUGUUCAGCCAUGACUCGCAGACAUGUGGAUUUGCUCAGCCGUCCGGCCGAGCCACCGCGAUCUUUCUGCCAUCAGGUGUGGGAUGUGCAGCCCGUUUGAAGGUGUGCAGAGGGCGGUCAGAACUGGACGGCCGAGCCAUUUCUGCUCCUGAAGGGGCUGUGUGUCCUGAAGAUCCACUUUGUGGGACAAUCCCCCCUGUCCCUUUCCCUCACAGGCCGCACGCGAAGCGGGGCACUCGGGGGAAUCUGGCCUUGGCACGGUGGGGGGCGGGGUGCUAUCACUUGGGCGUGCGUGUGUAUUUAUUUGCAGUAGAUGGUGUGUGUGUGCGCGUGUGGGCACUGUUCCUGAGUGUGCUCCCUUCUAGUUCUGUGGCUGUUGGGGUGCCUCCGCUCUGGACACCACCUUCUCAUGGAUUAAUUUCUCUGCCGACCGACUUGGAAUUUCCAGUACAUGUUUCGCCAUCUACUCCAACCACAGCGACAGCAAAGGACUUUGCCUACACACUCCCGUGCAUGUGAAUAACAUGUGCUGUGACUCUGCUUCUUACAGAAGUAUUACCGGAGCUAUUAUUUCCAAUAUUAUUUGGUUUAUUCUACAAAUCUUUUUAUAUAUGCAGGCCCAGCCCUUCGUGCCGGUCUGUGCCGUCCAGACAGUUUCUGUUAAGGGGCCUUUCUCUGGAGGGCAUAUGUGUCGCCUCUGCUUUCUCGCGUCCAGGCCCGGUUCUCCUUGACAGCCCCGGGCGGUGGCCCUCGAGCCUGUCAUCCAAAACCAAAGUGAAAGGGAGCAUUUCUCAUGACCUGGUAUUGAAGUGACUUUGUGUCCCCAAAGCCGUGUAUCGGACUGUAUUCAGUUGUACACCCUUAGUAGUGGAAGGUAUGUCCAGUGAGCCACAGUUACGCUGUACUUUUAUUCAUAUUUAACAUUAAAUGUGGACCCCUGUGACUCGU